UGCUGCCAACAGGAUGCAUAGUGUGCACAAGAUCUUAAUCUUUCAUGUUCUGACAUGUUUUGGAGGAAAUGCACUUGGGAGUGAAAUCAUAAAAGGUACAAAGACCACGGACAAGUCGAUGCUGUAUAUGGCCUCGAUACAAAACCACAGUGGUCAUGUAUGUGGAGGAUUCCUUGUCAGUGAAGACUUUGUAGUCACUGCUGCACAUUGUGAUAACCUGAAUCCUACAAGUGUUGUUCUCGGCACCCACAAUCUCAAGAAUGUUGAUAAUAAAACAAUGAGAUACAGUGUGAGGAAGUGCAAACACCCAUCUUUUGUGAAAACCUCAUCUGGGAAUGACAUCAUGCUCCUCAAACUGUCAAGAAAAGCUCGCCCAAGCAAAAAAGUACCACUUAAGCCAAUUAAACUUCCAAGUCAUAAACAACACCUUAAAGAAAAGAAACUGUGCCUUGUAGCUGGAUGGGGUUACACAAGAACUAAUGGUACAGUCGUUGAUGAGCUGCAAGUGGUGGAUGUGCCCAUCAUUGACCUGAAAAAGUGUCAGAGGAUGUGGCAUAAUGCCCUUCCUGCCAAUGUUAUCUGUGCAGGUGGAUAUGACACAAACAAAGGAUUCUGUCAGGGUGAUUCUGGUGGCCCUUUGGUGUGCAACGGAAAGACAGCAGUUGGUGUUGUUUCCUUUAACAGCAACUAUAACUGUAACUACCCAGAUGUGCCCAACGUCUAUACAGACCUAUCUAAAUUUCUUCCCUGGAUGAAAAAGAUUCUCAAGAAAGAGAACUGUAUCCACUGUACAGUGGAUGGCAAAGUUGAGCAAGGAAAUAACAGCACAGGACACGGUUACCAUAGACAACAGGUUCAGUCUGCUGCCGACAUCAUGCAUGCUCUACACGGGUUUCUGCUUUUUCAUCUUCUGACAUGUCUUGGACUUCAUGCACUUGGGAGUGAAAUCAUAAAUGGUAAAAAGGUCCCUGAGAACUUAAUGCUGUAUAUGGCCUCGGUGCAGAACAACGAGGGACAACAUGUGUGUGGAGGAUUCCUAAUCAAUGAAGACUUUGUGCUCACUGCUGCACACUGUGAUGACGGGAAACCCACAAGUGUCGUCCUUGGCAUCCACAAUCUCAAGAAGGUUGAUAAUGACACAAUGAGAUACAGUGUGAAGACAUGCAAGCAUCCAUCUUAUGAGAGUGUCUCAAAGGGGGAUGACAUCAUGCUCCUCAAAUUGUCAAAGAAAGCUCGACUGAACAAGAGAGUACAACUGAUUAAACUUCCGAAGAAUGAGAUUAAAAUAAAGGAUAAAGCAAAGUGCCGUGUGGCUGGAUGGGGUUACACAAAGACUGGUGGUAGAGCGGUUGACGUGCUGCAAGUGGCAGAUGUGUCUAUCAUAAACCCGGAGGUCUGUAAGAAAGAAUGGCUUAAAGUUCCAUCUAAAGUUCAAGUUCAACUUCCUGCCAAUGUUAUCUGUGCAGGUGGAUAUGGCACAAAGAAAGGAUUCUGCCGGGGAGAUUCUGGUGGUCCUCUGGUGUGCGGCGGGGAGGCAGUUGGUGUCGUGUCUUUCAACAUGAACGGCAACUGUGACUACCCAAAUGUACCCAAUGUCUACACGAAUAUAUCAAAAUACCUUCCCUGGAUCAAAAAGAUUCUCAAGCAAAGAAACUGUUAAAUGUAACAAUUCAGCAUACUUUUACUGUAUUAUACUGGCUCCCUGGCUCCACUUCCACAUCAGGUCAACUGAUGCUGUUACUGCCUUUAAAUCUUUUUUUUGUGUUGUACAAUAAUUAUUGUUCUCUACCUACUGUUACUGUUAUUAAAUCCAUUAUGGCUUGUAAAUUUCCAAACUUCAAAACUGUGCUUUUUGCUUUAAAAGUGCUUUAUAAAUAAAACUAUAAUUUUAUCAUUA